CCUCUCUCUCUCUCUCUCUCUCUCUCUCUCUACUUGUGCCUGUAUUACUCCACUGAGGAGUGUGCCAUCGCCAUGGCCAAGAAGAACGGCUGCUUCUUAAGCCCGUUUCCUCCCUCUUAAGAGCUCUCCAGAAGCUAGUAUUCUGAUGAUAUCUGAGAGUUAGACUGCAUGGUUUGCUCGGUUGGCUUUGUGUCUUGAAUUUCUUGGACAUAUUACGCACCCGCCAAUGGAAGCAGUACCAGAUCACGACAACUCACGAAAUGCAACUCAAUUUCGUCUUAUUUUCAUCUAGAUCCUAAGGCGAACGUAGCUUCAAUGUUCAUUGGAUUCAGUGGAUUCUAACUUGACACGCGUCAGCCUAUGCAUUGAUACUUGAGGUGUUCUUGGGCACUGCUAAAGUCUAGUGGGCCUGUUCGCCAGACUCAACUAUGGGUUCGAGAUUCCCAACACAUAAGCUCAGCAAUGGGCUAUAUGUUUCGGGACGGCCUGAGCAGCCCAAGGAGAAAGCAGUACUAACAAGCUCCAUAGCCAUGCCAUACACUGGCGGAGAUAUUAAAAAAUCUGGCGAGCUCGGUAAAAUGUUUGACAUCCCAAUGGAAAACCCUAAACCGCGGAAAUCUGGUCCGAUUUCCAGUGCACCCGGACGGACUGGAUCAUUCGGUGGUGUUUCCUCUCAGUCAGGACCUCUCUUGCCCAAUUCAAACCGACAGAAAUCUAGUUCAGGUCCACUUAAUAAACAUGGUGAUCCCAUUAAGAGGUCAUCUGGGCCUCAAUCCGGAGGAGUCACCCCGGUGGCCCGCCAGAAUUCCGGGCCCCUCCCCCCGAUUCUCCCCGCUACUGGGCUAAUCACAUCUGGGCCAAUAUCAUCUGGACCUUUGAAUUCAUCUGGUGCCCCUAGAAAAGUAUCUGGCCCCUUGGAUUCUAUUGGGCCAGCCAAAGUACAUAACCAGGCCGUCACUAGCCUUAGCCAAAUACACAGUGGCUUCUCUUUCAAGAAGAAUUUCCCCAAAUGGUUAUCGUGGGCUGUGCUGCUUCUAUUUGUGAUGGGGUUCAUUGCUGGCGGUUUCAUUCUUGGGGCUGUUCACAAUGCCAUUCUUCUUCUUAUUGUUGUGGUUUUCUUUGUCGGUGUUGUUGCACUUUUGGUUUGGAAUACAUGCUGGGGAAGGAGAGCCAUAUUCGGGUUCGUUGACUGUUAUCCAGAUACCGAGCUACGAACUGCAAAGGAUGGUCAAUUGGUUAAGAUCUCAGGGGUUGUUACAUGUGGAAAUGUUCCUUUGGAGUCAUCUCUUCAGAAGGUUUCGAGGUGUGUGUACACAGCGACCAGUCUAUACGAAUACCGUGGUUGGGGAGCCAAGGCGGCAAAUUCUCAGCAUCGCCAUUUCACAUGGGGGCUGAGGUUGCUCGAAAGGCAUGCGGUUGACUUCUAUAUUUCUGAUUUCCAAUCUGGAUUGAGAGCUUUAAUCAAGACAGGUAAUGGUGCCAAAGUGACACCAUUUGUUGAUGAGUCCACUGUUGUUGACAUAGACCCAAAAAACAAAGAUAUGUCUCCCCAAUUCCUUAGUUGGUUGGCGCGUCGGAACCUCUCCACCGAUGAUCGUAUAAUGCGUGUGAAAGAAGGGUACAUCAAGGAGGGUAGCACCGUAAGUGUGAUGGGGGUAGUCCAACGAAACGACAAUGUACUCAUGAUCGUGCCGCCUCCGGAGCCAAUCUCCACAGGAUGCCAGUGGGCUAAGUGCUUCCUCCCCGCGAGCCUCGAGGGGAUCGUACUCAAAUGUGAAGAGUCUUCCAAGAUCGAUGUCAUACCCGUCUAGGACUCGGUGUAAAUUCUAGAAAGAAGAAAAGCGAAAUUAUAUAUUAAGUAUAAUGUUUUAAUGUGAUGUGUUUGCGCCUUGUUGUGAUGUAUAGCUUUCUUUUCCGUUGUUUUUUGCGACCCUUUUUAUGCUUGUUAGGCUUGGAGGCUUCUUAUAAACAGGUUUGGUUUGGUUAAUUUAGAAAGUGGAGUUCCGUAUCUCAAAUAAUUUCUUGGAAAUUUUGCUGAGAA